AUGGCUGCUGCAGAUGCUUCUUCAUUCUGCAACCUCAUCCAAUUUGUACCACAGCUGACAGGGAAAGAACGUGAAACUGAACAAAAGAACAAAACAGCAUGCACAUCUGAAGUUGAUGAAUGUGGAGAGGAUAUUAAGCAUUUUUAUGAAGCACUUGUGAGCAGCGAUGCAGCAUUCAACAGUCAAGUGACAGAUUCUAACCCUGAGAUUAAUGUAAUAAAGACAAACAAGAAAGACAAGUUGGAUUCUGUCUCACCAGAGAUAAACCCUUCAUCCUUAAUAACAGCUUGUAAUAAUGAUAAGGUAGCUAGACCUAGAAAAAGAGAAAGAACUGUUAGCUCCAAAUUACAUGAACACAAAGCUGCAACACACCAGACGUCUACAGCACAAAAUUCAUAUCUUCCACACAGUCAGACAUUUAAACUCCUCCAGGCUGCUCAGAUGGGUGAGUUAAAGCAGGUGUCUGCACUCCUUACCAAAGGAGUUAAUGUGAAUUGCCAAGACUACUUUGGGUGGACCCCACUAAUGGUCGCGGCAAAACAAGGCAAUGAUGAAAUUGUCCAAUAUUUGUUGAAGCAUGGCUGUGACCACACUGUGAGCAGUCUCGAUGGACAUACAGCAGUGACGUUAGCCAGGUUGGGUGGACAUGAACAUAUUGUUGCAACAAUCUUAGAUUAUUCACGCUGUGAUUUACAUGAAAGAAUCGCCACGUCAAAUCUUGGUGCUGAACAAGAGCCAGACUUGCGACCUGAUGAUGUUGCGAAGGAGAAAUCUUCAGGAGGUACAUAUUUCUGCCAGAUCUGUAAACGUGAAGUUUCACUUAGUGAAAAAUCACAUGAAACAUCAACUGUUCAUUUGUUCAACAGUGGUCACAAAUCAAAACAGCCAUCAUAUCUUCUGCCAGAAACAAACAAAGGUUUCGAUAUGCUGCUGAAAAUGGGAUGGCAAGUUGACAAAGGAUUAGGUCCGCAUGGAGAUGGUCCUAAAUAUCCUGUGAAAACUGUUUUAAAACUUGACAGAAAGGGACUUGGAAUUGAUAAUUGUGCAAAGAAAAAAGCUAAAAUUACACACUUUAAUCCAAACGAUAAAUCUGCUAUUGAACAUCGCAGUGAAAUACCUGUGAGAACAAUUUCUGCCAGGAAGGCUGCACAGUUUGCAAACAAAGCUAAAGAAAAAAGAGAUCGGCAACGUGAAAGGCGUCUAAGAUUUGAGUUUAAUGACAGAUAA